AUGCCUUGUAAACUGCUAAAUCUAUGUGAGUAUGAAACACAUAAACUGGUCCGAAUACAAAGUGUAAGGCUGGGAUCACUGAAAUGGACAUUUAACGGAGUCAUACUGAUGUUCAUCUGCAUUAUGAUGCUCUGGCACAAGGAGUACCAAGAACACGACUAUGUGGUCAGCUCUGUUACUGCUAAGGUCAAGGGAGUGGCCUUGACCAGUUUACCAGAUGUUGGUGAUAUAGUAUGGGACGUUGUGGAUUACAGUGGGCCAUCACAGGGAAAGAAUUCAUUUUUCGUGGUGACCAAUGUCAUUGUUACAAAGAAACAAAGGCAAGGAAAAUGCCCUGAGGUCCCUCCUUAUGGAAAAGUGUGUCGGACAGACGAGGACUGUGUAAAGGGAUUCUGGGAUCAGCACAGUCAUGGGGUUCAGACAGGUGCAUGUGUGAAGUUUGAUGUGACACGGAAAACAUGUGAGGUGUCUGCGUGGUGCCCCAUAGAGUCCAAGAAAAAGCCCCCCAAGCCUGCUCUCUUGGCAUCAGCUGAGAACUUUACAGUCCUCAUCAAAAACAACAUCAGAUUCCCAAACUUUAAUUUCAUGAGAAGGAACAUCCUCCCUGAGAUGACGGAAAGUUACCUGAAGCGCUGCCAGUUUAACAGGCAUACAGACUCCUCGUGCCCCAUCUUCCGUCUGGGGGACAUUGUAAAGGAGGCUAAAGAGAACUUCUCAGAGAUGGCAGUUGAGGGUGGCGUCAUUGGGAUCCAAAUUAAGUGGGAUUGUAACCUGGAUGGGUUCUUGCGGAACUGUCUGCCCAAAUACUCCUUCCGCCGGCUGGAUGAGAAGGAGAGCAAUAGAACACUGUACCCUGGUCUCAACUUCAGGUUUGCCAGAUAUCAGACAGAGAAAGGUGUUGAGGAGAGAACCCUGUUUAAAGUAUUUGGGAUCAGGUUUGAUGUCAUGGUGUUUGGAAAGGCAGGAAAAUUCAGCAUAAUCCAACUGAUCAUCUUUAUUGGAUCAACUCUAUCAUAUUAUACACUGACCACUGUAUUCAUCGACUGGCUCAUUGGGACCAGUUGUUACUCUAAAGAAGCCAGACAGAACUACUCCGAGAAGAAAGUUGAAUCUGUUCAGGACAGACAGCAGUGCAUUCUCUGUGUCUCGUUUGUGGACGAGAACCAUAUAAGAGUGGUGAAAAAAUCACAUAAGAAAAGUUUACAACAAGUGAAGCCCAUCUCUGUUCACCCAUGCAAGGACGACACAGGGCACCUGAGUGCCAUGGUUGGUGUAUUGCAGAAAGGCAACAACAUCAUAGACAAGCCGCCCCAGGUUCUCCCCCGGCCCAACCGUCCAGCCUGGUGUCUGUGUGGUUGCUGUCUCCCUUCCACCCAUCCCCAAGAGCAGCUGUGCUGCAGGCAGAGCAUUGGCCGCUGCAUUACCACCUCCUCUCUGUUUGAACAGCUGGUGCUGAGUCGGCCCUUGUUGGACGCAGUGCUGCUGUACAGGGAGCCUCUCUCUGACCUGACCGAGGGGGAGCAACGGAUCGCCGCCCUUCGCAACUGCGCCUACAGACAGUACAUCAGCUGGAGAAUUGGGGCCCCACCCAGAGAAAGUAUCCCUGUCAUGCCCAGUUGUAGUGUGUGGAGAAUCAGAGAGGAGUACCCCAGCCAAGAAGGAGAGUACACUGUCUGA